CUUGAGUUUUAUUAUUACAUAACUAAUGAUAACAUGAAUUACAUUACAAUCUAAAUGAGUUGUCAAUGGAGUCAAACACUAAUUUAGUUAACGGUUUGAAUCAUUCAAACCAUAAGACAUUCAAUGAUCAAAGUCUUAACAAUGAAGACAACAAUGAUAUUAAUGAGUUAAACACAAGACUUACACAAACUGAAGACAAGUUAACCAAAUUUAAGACAUUAGCCGUCAAAUUAAAGAAAGAGCUCAACGAAACCAAAGAGCAGCUGUCGAAAUCGAUAUCUGAUUGCAAUGAACUUAAAUGUCAACUUAAAGGACACGAAAAGGAGAAGACCUCUCAAUCAUAUCAACAGUUGUUCCGCAACUUUCAGGGUUUGCAAACAGAAUACGACAAAAUCCAAGACGAAAGCGAUUCAUUAAAUUUGAAGAAUAAGGAACUGGAAAGAGAUUUAAACAAUGCUAUCACUCAGUUGACCACAACUAGAGAGGAAUUGGCCGAAUCUAAACAAGACAUCGAGUCUUAUAAAUCUAAUAUCAAUUCAUUGAAAGAAGAGAUUCAAUCAUUGGAAGCAAAGAAACGAGAAUUUGAAUCAAAAAUUAUUGUUUUGGAGAACGACUUGGAUUUGGAGCGCAAACGAAAUGUGGCCAACACUGGGUUGGGACAGACUAUUAGUGAAUUGCGGCACCAAUUGGAUGAAAAAACCACAGAAAUCAUAGAUCUAAGCGAUAAAUUAGAAAAUUCAAGCCAUGAAAGCAAAAUGUUUGAACAGAUCAGUAGUGAUAGGGAUAGACUGUUGAGUAGAGUUGAGAAUUUAGAAAAAGAUAAUAAAUUUCUUAAUGAAGACAUUAACAAAUAUAAGGAAACAUUGGAAACACAGUUAUCUGAGUUAGAAGACUAUAAAAUUAAAUGCUGUCAAUGGACGGCACAAAUGCAAACAUUGCAAUUGCAAUCAAACACUAACAGUGAAACCUAUAGUAUUACUGUUAAGAACUUAGAGACUAAAGUCAAUGAUUUGCAACAACAUAUCAGUGAUCUUGAAGUGGAUCUUAAAGACAAAGAUCACAAGUUUGAAGAAUACAAACAUCGAGUUUGUAAAGUUCUUAAACAACAAAAUGAUGUCCAAACUAAUGAAGUGAACACUCAGUAUAUGCAAGAACUAAAAACACAAAUCGAUGAUUUGACUCAACAAUUGAAUACUAUUAGAGAUCAAUUGGAUGUGACUUUGCGUGAAAAAGAAAGUUUAGAGAAAACAUUAUCUCAACUGAAUUCUAGUCAUAAUCUAUUAAAAAAUCAAAUGAUUGAAUACAAUACUUUAAAGGAAAGAUUAAAUGAAUAUAAGACUAACAACGAAAAACUCAAAUCCCUAUCUCGUGAGCUACAGUUAACUCUCGUUAAUGAUCGCAAAGAAAGUCAACUUAAACAUAAGAAAGAGUUAACUGAUUUGGAGGAUAAUAAUAAUAAAAAUAUUAUAUCACUUGAGACGCAACUAAAUGAUAUGAAAAAUGAAGUGAAAGAAUUAAAACAUGAAAUGAAUAGAUAUUCACAUCAAACAAGCAUUCAAUCAAUUGAGUCUUCAAACAAAUUACAACAAUCAUUGACUAAUUUAGAUGAUUUAGAUAGUAUUGAAACAAUUUCCAUCUCAGAAAAAAAAGCAUCGACAUCUCCCACAUCAAUAGUAUCCAAUGUAUUGCAAGAUAUACUUUAUAAUAAUGAAUCGCAAGAAUUUAAUCACAGUAAUCAAGAUUUUACAAAACAUUUAACAUUCGCUCAAAAUAAAGUUGAAAAAUUAACUCAGCUUUUAGAAGACAGUGAAAGUAAUAAUAUAUUAAUUAGUGAACAAAAUAGAGUUCUUAAAGAAGAGAUCCGACGACUCGAGAGAAGUAUUGAAAGGACAGAAGUGGCUAACAAUUUGGAGUAUUUGAAGAAUGUUGUCGUAAAGUUUAUUACAUUAAACGGUGAACAAGAAAGACAGCGUCUAAUUCCAGUUUUGGCUACAAUUCUUAAGUUAAGUCCUGAAGAGCAGAAUUUAUUCCAAACGUUUACAUCAGUUGAUCCAAAUUCUAGCUCAAGUAAUAGUCGGUGGACUGACUAUCUUUACCAUUGGAAUAGUGAUCCUAAAUUAUAGCAAU